ACACUGACAGAAAGAAUAGAAAAUGUUAGGUAUUUGUCAAAAAAGUUUGUGUGGUUGUAAUAAUGUUUAUUUUGUUGUAAAUAAUUUAAUUAAUUCGUUUCUAAGGACUCAAAUAUGGACGCAAAUUUGUCCUUUUUCAGUCUACCAUUUGGGGACGCUAAUAAUGGGGACAUAUCCUUCAGUACGAAGAGUGAUUUUCACCACUCGCUGCCAUCAGGGUCACUGUUGGAGGCUGAAGAUGUCUUAAAGCAGUUCCUCUCGACUGAUGAUCCACUGGAAGAGCCUGACUUGAAUGGUCCCACUACGUUGCAUUGCGAGAUUUGUCACAAGAAGUUUGAUAACGCCAAGAAGUACUAUGGCCACCUCAGAGUGCACUCAAAGGACAAUUUGCGACUCUGGGUGUGUGAUAAAUGUCCGGACCAGCGGUUCUCCACGAAGCAGCAGCUGAUGAAGCACUCUCUCACGCACAAGCCGCUGGAGAAGGUGUGGAAGUGCCAGCAGUGCCCGUCCGCCUUCGAGGCUCUGUACCGCCUUCAGCAGCACCUGUUUGUCAAGCAUCUGAACUACAGGCCACAUAAAUGCGAUGAAUGUGGAAAGGCAUUCCAAAAACUAUCAGAUCUAAAGAUCCAUGGUCUUCUCCAUAAAGGCACAGCAGCAAAGAAACAUAAAUGUGCCACUUGUGGGAAGGUGUUCAACCAUGUAUCAAACUACAACCGUCACCUCACCACACAUAGUGAUGAGAAAACAUACCGCUGUUACGGCUGUGGCCGCGCUUUUAAACAAUCACCAUCACUGACACGACAUACUAAGAACUGUGAGAAGUAUCAGAGUCAAGCUCCCACAUUCCCCAAGUGUGGCAACCGACAGAACCACUGCCGCGAGUGUGGCAUGAUCUUCCAGUACAAGAGCGAACUGGUGGAGCAUUGUAUCAGUGAACAUUCAAAUCAGAAGAGCAACAAAACUCAUACCAAUGAUACAGUUAAAGAAACAAAACCUGAAGAAAAAGUUACACAAAAAAAUGAAGCGAAAAGUACUGUUGAUAAUAUUGUAGACGACAUUCUAUCAGUAGAAGACGAUUAUCCCAUCGCCAACCAGCAAGCUAGCCAGAGUGAAAUACUGAAUGUCGCUAUCUUCGAUAAAAGUCAUAAUUUUAAUACAACUGAAACAACCACUGCCGAUAACCUAAUGCAUAUUGAGUUUAUGAAAGAAAUGAACCAGCUACAUACAUUAGAUGAUGAGCUGUUUUACAAUGAUAUUGACUUCGAUAGCUUUCAUCCUGGCCAAGUAUUCAACACAAAUGAUAUAGAUUAUGGAGCUCACGAAAGAAAUGAAAUUCUGUUUGAUUUUGCUGACGCGGCGCGCGGGAUGGACCAUGAUCUCAUGAACGCUCUGUAUCAAGUCAAGAACAAUGAUAACAAUUUGCCUGAUGAACUUCUAAAUGCUAUACACGAUGUCCCAGAAUUUGCUGAACAAGCAGACAGUUUGCACGGAACUACAGAUACACAAGAAUCCACUCAAGACCCAGUAUCAGUCAAUGAGUGUUCAACAAUAUUCGAAAGUGAUGUUGAUCUAGAAGCCAGUACAAACUUAGCAAUGAAUUUAAACCAAUUGAUAGGCGAAAACAAUGUCCAGUAUGUUUCAACAGAAGAUGAUGACACUUUUAUUAUAAGCCUGAACAGUGGAUAUGACGCAGAAAAGUUAAGUGACAUGCUGAAUAUUGAUGUUGAACUGAUAGAUGAAAGUAAUGAGGAUAAUGUAGAUGAAGUUGAAAGAUCAAGUAAAGAGGAGAUGAAAGAAGCAGACACUAAUGAAUGCUCAAUAGUAUUGAAAAUACCAGAGGUUAAAGAGGAUGCGACGAAUGUUGUACCUGGUGAAGCAACAGAUAGCAGUAAUAAGAAAAAAGUAAAAGUCAAAGUGAAGAAGCAGGUCAUAUUUGUUUGCAGAAAAUGCAAUAAAGUCUUUGCGAGGAAAGAGAACUGGCAAUCGCAUAUGGGCACACACGACGCGUCGAUGCGCAAGCACCGCUGCCGGGUGUGCGGGCUGCGCUUCAGCUACCGCUCCACGCUCAACAAGCACUGCGCGCGCGCACACGAGCCGCGCGCCCUGCCCGCGCUGCCGUGCGCGCUGUGCCGCCGGGUGUACACGCAGCCGUGGAUGCUCCGCGACCACAUAGCCCGCUCGCACGACCUGUCCCGCCCACACGCGUGCACCGCGCCCCGAUGCGACAAGAAGUUCUUCAAGAAGAGUGACCUGGUCGUGCAUAGCAGAUACCACACGGGCGAGCGUCCCCACGAGUGCGAGCAGUGCGGCAAGACAUUCCCACACCGCUCGCACCUACACCGCCACCAGCGCCGCGCCCACUGCACUGAGAGAUUGAACAAGAACAAGAAGGAGCAAGAGAAACCAAAAGUUAGAAGUUCACCAGAGGAAGAUGCAAAGGGAACCUGAUUUAAAACAUACAUAUUUAAUAAUUGAACGCAUUUUUGAACCAUCAUGUUGCCUUAUUAUAUAUUUUUUUCCUUGACAGUAGGUAUUGUUGUUUAUGCUCAAUAUUUAUCAUUCAUGAAAUACCGUCAUGUGAUACUCGUUAAAUCAUGUAAGUAGUUCUAGCAAAUUUAAUACGCUGUGAUUAUUAAAAUUACGUAUAUUUUUGUAAUCGAUAACUGUAAGUAGAUGAUGUCUUUAAAUUAUUACUAGUUUAGUGGUAAUGAAUUAAACUGUUUACUAAAA